AGGGUUGGAAGUGGUAGGGUCUAGGGAUAUGAGAAUAUGGAAGGAUAAUUAGCUGGCCAAGUCAACAUGGUUUCAAAGUUUGAAACGGCGUCGUUAUUUUGGGGAUGGGUCAUGAAAACUGAAAAGAGAAGGUUUGCAUAGAAGUUACUCAUCUCUUUGAAUAUUCAUUUGUAGUCCCUUCCACCACAGAAGCGCGGCACUGCUCCGUUGCAAUGGCGGAGCCUCCUCCUUCUCUGACCUCUCUCUGCAUCGACGCCAUCACUCAAGAACUCAUCGCCGGAGAUGACGCUCUUCUUCUUCUUCAAACUAUAUACGACUUUCCAUUACAUUUGCUUGAUACCCUAAUCACACGUUUGCCCCCUUUGGCUUUGCACAAAUUCCACCACCACCUACCAUUUCAGGACGAGGAUGAGGAGGGUUUUUUGCGCGAAGACUCGACAAAGAAGAGAAAACGUGCAAGGGAUUGGAAUCUAAAUGCAGCUUGGCGGAACUUGUUUAAGUUACGAUGGCCUGAUCUCAUUAAUCAAAUCCAACCAACUGAUUGGCAACAAGCUUACUGGGAAACCCAUUUGCAAAAUUGUCUGGAUGAAGCAGCAGAGAUAGCCCUAAUCCCAUCUUUUAAUGGAUCUAUUGGUGACAUACAGAUUUCAGAUAGCACACUGAAAUAUAUUGGAUUUGUGGAAUAUACAAAUCAUUCAACUUGUGACCAUUCAAAACUGUCUUAUCACUGCCUACAAUUUGGCAGCCAUGUGAGUUGUCUGAGACUGCAAAACGUACUAUUUACAGCCGAAAUUAGUGGUCUGUUGAGGGAAUGCAAGCUGCAGAGUCUGGUGCUAAGAUGGAUCAGAUACAAGGAACAAGUUGAUGAAGUAUGCAAACUUCUCACUCAACAUAGUGGAACAUUAACAUCGCUGGAAUUUGUUCACUGUUAUGUCGACACAGAUUUUAUUAAUGCAAUAUUUGGUUCUCUAGUCAUAAAGGGUGUACAAAAACAUGGGAUUCAACACUUAUCAAUCAUCGCUUCAAGUUUUUUGGAACCAUGCACAGUUUCUUUACCUAAUGGGUUUGAGUCAUUUUUGUCUUCAGGAAGGUCCCUGUGCUCAAUAAGACUCUCUGACAACCACCAUGGACGGACUUUUGCCAAAGCACUUUUUAUGACUCUUCUCAAUCUUUCCUCUACAAUAUCUGUCCUUGACCUUUCUGAGAAUAGAAUAGCAGGAUGGCUUUCUGACUUUAACAGGAGACUCUCAAGUGGUUCACAUGCAUGUGUUGAAAUUGGAAAGUCCUUGCAACAGUUGCGUGUACUCAACCUAAGGGGAAACAAUUUACGGAAAGAUGAUGCAGAAAGUCUUAGGUAUGCUCUUGCACACAUGCCUAACUUGGAGGACCUGGAUAUAAGUGACAAUUUAAUUGAGGAUGAAGGAAUCAGGAAUUUAAUUCCCUCUUUUUUGGGAACAUCUGAAACGGGUUCUCGCAUUUCUUGCUUGAAAGUAGAGAAUUGUGAGCUGUCCUGUGAUGGUGUGAAUCAUCUACUUUAUGCCCUUUCUACCUCCAAAGCACCCUUGAAGACUCUUUCUGUUGCUGACAACUACCUUGGCAGUCAAGUAGCUAUAGCAUUGGGAAAAUUUUUGAGCACACCUAUCGAACUACUUGACAUUGGAGGCAUUGGAUUGGGUUCAUUUGGUUUUCGAGAUCUUCGAAAUCUAAUAAAGGAGCAGCUUAAGCUGGUGAAAAUCAAUAUUAGCGAAAACCGCGGCGGGAUUGAAACUGCUGAGUUUCUGUCAAAACUCUUGUCUCAGGCUCCACAACUAAUUGAAGUGAAUGCAGCAAGUAAUCUUAUGCCUAUAGACUCACUGUCCAUCAUCUGCUCUGCAUUAAAAAUUGCAAAAGGUAAUGUUCAGCAUUUGGACUUGACGGGACAUACAUGGGACUAUAAGCCAGAGCAUGCUUCCCUACACGCUGAAUUUGUACAUGAUGGAAAGCCUAUAUUGAUUCUUCCAUCACCAUCAGCCGUUGCUGCUCCUCAUGACCAUGAUCCUUAAAACACAUACAUUUUUAGAUAAAUUAUGUUGCACGGUAUAUGCAAUCAUUUUUUGUUUUUUUCUAUUUCUUGAUCAUUAUGUGUUUUAGCUCAGUUACAUGCACAAUACCUGCAAAAAUAUUAUUGGUCCCUCCCAAGUCUUAAUCUUUCACAGUACACCAAAGUUGGGCAAACGUCAUCUCUGGACACUUUGAUAGAUUUCUCUUUACUAUGUUUUCAAGCAAUUGGAUCUUGUAACCUCUAUUAUAUGGUUGGUUUUACUACCUAAUCUCCUUCAUGAUUUGUAAUUUAAAUGUAGCUGUAGUUCAA